AUGGAAGAAACGCAAGUAAUUAUUGUUGGAGGUGGACCAGCAGGUCUUGCCCUGGGACUAUCACUAGCCCGACUGAGGAUUCAUUCCGUUAUUCUCGAGAAAGAGGCGGAGAUCACCACAGACCCUAGAGGCGUAUUCCUCACGGGUGAUGCUGUCAGAAUACUACACAGCCUCGGGAUCCAUGAUCUGGCGUCCAUAGGUCAUGAAAUGCCACAUGUUAAUGUCCAUCGUGGCGGCUUCAAUACUGUACCAUUCUUCUCAAUUCGCCUUGGGGACUCCAACAGUCUUGACCAGGCCUUACCAGAAGGCAUUCUGCAAAUGCAGCCCCGUCUAGAGGGGGCCUUGAGAAAUGCUAUCGAGGAAAGUAAAUAUUGCUCACUGCGUACCGCCUGCGAAGUCGUGUCACGGUCUGAACAAGAUCCACCAGUAAUCGACUUUGACGACAAACAAGGAAAUAGACAGCAAAUCAAAGGAGAAUGGCUUAUCGGCGCCGACGGAAAACUGGGCAUUGUUCGAAAGCACUUCCUGGAACCAACAGUAGGCAUCAAGCAGACAGACGGGCUCUACCCAUACAGCGGCACCUGGAUAGCCGCCAACUUGAAGAUGAAGCUUCCUACUCCGGAGACUCAUCCUGAUUUUCCACUUUGGAAGUUUGGCUACUCAGCACAAGAGGUUUAUGAUCUCUUCUGGCCUGUUGGAUGGCACUUUUGUACCCCGCCUGGAAAGGCUACGGCUUCCGGGAGAUUUGGUCCUUAUGAGGAAAGACUUUGGCGUCAUGAAUUCGCCCAAGAUGAGUCGCUUAUCAAGGACAACUCGGAAGAGCUGUUCUGGGAACAUAUCACGCCGAUGAUUACUCUUGAGGGAGAUAGCAGCCGGAAGCACAGAUUUGACGGUCCUGUGAAGUACCCUCGAGAUUGCAUUGAGAUUCUACGCUGUCGACCAUUCCACUUUGUUCACAAGGUCGUUGACCGCUGGUUCAGUGGACGUACAGUUCUUAUCGGUGACGCGGCUCACGUCUUCCCUCCUUUCGCUGGUCAAGGUAUUGGAAGUGGUGUCAGAGAUGCUCACCAGCUUGCAUGGCGGUUAGCUCUGAUGCUCCAUCCAAAUGCGAAGCCAGAAUACCAUGAUAAGCUUCUCAAGUGCUGGGAAUCAGAGCGACGUCAGAGUAUCAACGACGCUGCCCAGUUCUCCAUGAUCAACGGGCGCAUUUGCAACAAUGAGCCUACUUUAUGGUUACGUUUCUGUUUCCGGCUUUUGAUGUUCCUACAUGGCACGCCUCUUUUCCAGUACGUGGACUACAUGUCACACAAAGAGCAGAAGGGCUUUUCGGAAGUUGAAAAUGGUUUGUUUAUCAAGGGACGAAAAGGCGGUUCCCGUCUGCAUCAGAUACACAUGAGAUCCACGGACCAGACGGGCUCUUUUCUAUCAGACGACUUGCUACGAAAAGAGAAGACGAUCUUCACUCUGGUGGUCAUCAGUGAUGGGAAGCAAAACAACCAGCUUAGGCUAUACGCCGAAGCGAGGGCCGCAGUCCAAGACGCUGGUGUCUCAUCCAUUAUCUCGAAGGAGGCAAUCAUUGUUUACGACGCACAGUCAGACGACUCAGCACAAAUCCCAAAGACACUUUCAGACACCAAUGGAGAGUUUGGUCACCUUACCGUCUGUUCAGCUUCGCAGAUCCCUACGGCUGACGGACGUCUGGCGAAGGGAUAUGACAGCUCGGUCUAUGCCAAGCGCCUUGGGAGAACCACCAAGUUUGCCAUCAUUCGUCCCGAUUUCUUUGUCUUUGCUUGUGCUUCUGACUAUGCUGGGCUAGCCAACUCCCUGAACUCACUGAGAGAUUUUGUUGGGUUUGGGGGUAAGAAAUAG